AGAGAGAGGAGGAGGAGGAAUGGGGGAGGACAGAUAGAGUGUGUGUGUGGUGGGAGGAGGAAGAAGAAGAAGAAAAAAAAAAAAGUCAGUGUGAAAGAGGGAGUGGGAAGCUGACUAAAUUACUGCGAGUCGGUGGCGACCUUUUUGGAGACGAACUGGCUGUUACAAAAAGAAAAUGUUCGAAGAAACGCCGACUCGCGUGACCGAGCGCUACACUAACCCCGGAGCCGGUGCGCUGUGUUUUCCUCUCUCGGCGGGACGGUAUUGAUCGCUUCUUCGGGACGGGAAACUCCGCUUCACCUCGCCCCACCAUAGAGUUUUGUGGACCCACUUCACACUCUCCAAAAAGUCUUGUGUGCUGCGGCUUCCGGUUCUGAGAGACUGAACCAAGUGAGCGCCACCGAGCCCGAGCCUGCACAUUUUACUGAAACUUUAGUUUCUUUCUCGUUGUUUUUUUGGCUCGUGAGUGAGGCCGACUCUCGCCCUCUGCCGAACGGGACUCGGCUUGCACGCUGAAAGACAACAUGAAAACUCCCGGUGAAACGGGGUUCGCCUUUCCAGAAUGGGCGUACAAGCCCGAGUCGAGCCCGGGCUCCAGGCAGAUCCAGCUGUGGCACUUUAUCCUGGAGCUGCUCAGGAAAGAGGAGUACCACGAUGUCAUCGCCUGGCAGGGGGACUAUGGCGAGUUCGUCAUCAAAGACCCGGACGAGGUGGCCAGGCUGUGGGGGGCACGCAAGUGCAAGCCUCAGAUGAACUACGACAAACUCAGUCGAGCUCUCAGGUAUUACUACAACAAACGGAUCUUGCACAAAACUAAAGGCAAGCGCUUUACCUACAAGUUCAACUUCAACAAGCUGGUCCUCGUCAACUACCCCUUCAUAGACAUGGGGUCUGCAGGUGUCGGCGUUCCUCAGAGCGCUCCUCCCGUGCCCACAGGCGGAGUAUCUCAUUUCCGCUUCCCCCCCUCCACCCCAUCUGAGGUUCUGUCCCCCAGCAGUGAGGAGUUGAGAAGCCCGGGCUCUUUCAGCAGCGUGGCACGGCGCCUGGCUCGAGGUUCUGUGUCCGACUGCAGCGACGGCACCUCAGCCAACUCUGAGAUUGACGAGGGCAGCCUCGGUGUCGGCCCGGCAGAAGAGCGGGUGCCUGAAAGAGGCUUCAGGAGCGCCGUGCCGCCUCGCCUGACCCACGAUGCUCUGUACCGGAUGUACGGAAAUCAUGCGGGUCACAGGGGUCAUCGCGCUCACCCAGAGCCGCUCUCACCCUUCGCUCCCGCAGGCUCGGGUCUGCUGGCUCCACCGCCGCUCUCACCUGCCCUGCCUGUGACAGCGGGCACACACCUGCCCUACACACCCUCACCCACGCUGUCACCAAUGCCAGGCUCUAUAUUCUCAUUCAGCGCUGAGGAUAUGCAGCGCUACCUGCAGGCACACACGCAGAGCGUCUAUAACUACCACCUGAGCCCGCGUGCCCUCUUCCACUACCCCAACGUGGUCGUGCCCCAGCCACAGCGGCCCGACAAGCCUCUGCCUACUACCAACGAGCGUCCGUCUGUACUCACCCACUCGUACCCGCUGGCCCCGGCUGAUGAAACCCAUCACACCCCCUUUAAGUUCAAGCUGCAGCCGCCACCACUAGGCAGAAAACAGCGUGAGGCACAGGGACACCAGGGCUCUCUCGGCUCUUCUUCAUCGUCCGCACUCGGCUCUUCGCUCUCUUUCGGCAGCGACCUGAGCUCAGGCAUCAUCUCCAACUCUUCGUCAAGUGGCUCGCUCAACAGCACAGGCCUACCCAAGAUCAAGGUAGAGCCCAUCUCUGACAUUGAAUCUGAGGAGGAGGUCGAAGUCACUGACAUUAGCGACGAGGAGGGAGACGAGCGAGAUGAAGAGUUCUUCUCUGCCCGCCGCCGCGACCAUCAUCAUCACCACCACAUUUUUGGCCGCCAAUCCAACGGCAUUUCUGCUCCUCCUCAAUACGACGACUCAGAGGAAGACGUGUUCAAAGCCCCGGCUCCUCCACCAUUCUUUGGUCCACCUUCCUCGUCAUCAUCAUCAUCAUCUCGUGCCGGCAUGCCUGUGAUAAAGAGUGAGCCGGACACGCCCCCAACGCCCAGCGGGCAUGGCCUCGCCCCCUUGCCCUCUCCUUCUCAGUGCAUCCCACUAAAGCUGCGCUUCAAGCGGCGCUGGGACCAGGAGCAGCACACCGAGGAGGCCGAGGAUAAAAAAGUCCGAGGGGACAAAAAGAACGGAGAGAGCAGCGGAGUCGAGAGGGAGGAGAGCGAGAGCUCCGCCCCUCACAAAUUGAGCGCCGAACUGCACCGUGCAGCCGCCCAGCUGUCUCUGGAAAACAAAGACUGCUGAUACAAGUAAGGUGUUGAACUUUACAUGCAGGCAUGCAGAACGAGCACGGAUACCCACGAUGCUCCAGAACUGCCCCCGCUGACGCUCACACACCCGCAGACGGACACGGCUCUUUUUUAGUGAUCCACGAUACUGACAGACAA